GUGCGUCUGUCCAAUGUGUACGGAAGUACUCAGACUUCACUGCUAAACUACGUGCCUCUCAGGGCUAAAGGGCUGUUGUUUUCAAUAGUUAUACCUUCAUAAUGACUAUAGAAUGUUUCUAUAAUGUUUUUACGUUGUAGAAAACAGCUUUUUGUUGGUCAGCCUCGUUCCUGACGAACGUUUUUUUAAACUGAGUCCAACAUGAGCUCUCAGGACAUACUGAAGAAUGCCUCCACUUUAGCUUCGUACAAUGUUCUGCUGCAGGUGAUGUUCCGUGUUCUCACCUUCCUUCUGAACGCGUUCACGCUGCGGUUUGUGUCCAAAGAGCUGAUCGGGGUGGUCAACGUCAGGCUCACACUACUGUACUCUACAUUAGUGUUUUUAUCCAGAGAGGCUUUCAGGAGAGCCUGUCUGAGUGGAGAUUCAGGGACAAACCGCAGCUGGAGACAAAUUAUUAACCUCCUGUGGCUGACGGUGCCUCUUGGUGUGUUAUGGGCCAUCCUACUUGGCUGCGUGUGGCUGUGGCUCCUGGAGGUCCCAGAUGUCCAGACCAUCCCUUACUACGGGCCAGCCGUGGUGAUGUUUGCUCUGUCAGGAGUGCAGGAGCUCCUGGCCGAGCCCCUCUGGGUCCUGGCUCAAGCACACAUGUUUGUGCGGCUGAAAGUGGUGGCGGAGAGUUUGGCCAUGGUGGCUAAGUGCAGCGUGACUGUGGUGCUGGUGGUGUUCGCCCGAGAAUGGGGUCUUUACAUCUUUUCUGCUGCUCAUUUGGUGUACACAGGACUCCUGGUAUUAUCCUACGCUGUUUACUUCCUCUGUUUCUUGGGGUCUGAAGAGGCAGCGAAGACGCGUUUCCCGCUUCAUGGUGCUGCGGAUCUGCUGCCUCACAGAGCUGAUGGAGAGCCCCUGGUAGACUGGCCUGUCGCCCGGCUCACAUGGAGCUUCUUUAAACAGUCCUUCCUGAAGCAGAUCCUGACAGAAGGCGAGCGCUACGUCAUGACCUUCUUGAACGUCCUCAGCUUCGGAGACCAGGGCGUUUACGACAUCGUCAACAACCUGGGCUCCAUGGUGGCACGCUUCAUCUUUCUACCCAUCGAGGAAAGCUUCUACAUCUUUUUUGCCAAAGUGCUGGAGAGAGGGCGUGAUGUCAGAAAUCAAAAACAGGAAGAAGUAGCCGUUGCAGCAGAGGUUCUGGAGUGUUUACUGAAGCUGGUGCUGGUUAUUGGUCUGAUUAUCACAGUGUUUGGAUACGCCUACUCUCACUUGGCUCUGGAUAUUUAUGGUGGCACUCUGCUAAGCAGUGGGGCAGGGCCCAGCUUGCUGCGAUGCUACAGCUGCUACGUCCUCCUGCUGGCUGUAAACGGUGUAACGGAGUGCUUCGUAUUUGCUGCCAUGAGCCAAGAAGAGGUGGACAAGUAUAACCUGGUGAUGUUGGCUCUGUCUGUGUCCUUUCUCGUCCUGUCCUACUUGCUGACCUGGUGGGCCGGCGGCGUCGGCUUCAUCCUGGCAAACUGCCUCAACAUGGGCCUUCGUAUUUUACACAGCUGUCUUUACAUCCACCGUUACUUCGAGCUGAGUCGGUGGAAACCUCUGCGAGGCCUCUUGCCUUCUCCUCUUGUAGUAGUUUCCCUCUGUGUUGCUGCAGCUGUCACAGCUGUGUCCGAGGCUCUUCUGUGCUGCGACCGUGGCUGGUUGCUCCGCGUCGUCCACGUGGGAGUGGGAGGCGUGUGUCUGCUUCUCGUCAUCGCCGCUGUUCUUUUCACAGAAACUCAGCUGAUUCAGUUUGUGAAGACUCAGCUGUUGCCGAGAUACAGAAAGAAACAUGCUUAAAAUCAGAAAAACGAACACCUGACACAUCUGCGGACAGAACAGCUACCGGUUAAGAGCUACCGACUAUGAAAGACAGGAGAAAAUUCCUGAGAAAACCUUUAUUUUCAUAAGGCGUUGUUGCGUGUCUGUGUGUUUGCUCUGCAACAUCCCUGUGUGUUAAAAUGAAAACAUUCCAAACGUUUUCAGAUCCUAAUCCUGAUUUAAAGGUGAACGUAGAAGAUUUUUUGUUACAGACACAAAUUGCACGAGAAAACCGAGACAAAUUGGUGUAAACUGAUGGUUUUUUAUCAGCAUCCAUUAAAAAUGAAGAGUCA